GAACGUAAAUUUGAAGCAACUGCAGACAUGAGGAAUGUAUACGCUUUUGCCCUGCUGCUUAUUGCAGUUUUUGCAAGCACCUCCAGUGGUGCCAGCGUUUCCGACCUUCUGUGUCGCAACAAGGCCAACGGAAUUCGUGCUCUGGUACCCGGCAGUUGCUCCAGGUUCUAUGAGUGCCAAAAUGGCGUUGCCAAGGAAUAUACCUGUCCCAAAUUCUAUGACUUCAAGAUCCGCAGCUGUGUAACCUAUAAUACUGGUUGCGUUGAGGGUGUUGUCGUUAAACCAGUGGCCCAGCAAUCCGUACGUGACACUGCCCAACCAUGUAAUGGAGCGACAACAACUCCACCACCUUGUGCUACCACCACACCGCCUUGUACUAAGACCACAACGCAAACUCCGUGCUCAGGAAUAAUUACAUCUACAACGACAACACCAGCAUCAACAACAACAACAACAACAACUUGUACCCCAACAACUACGACAACCACGUCCACCACAACCACCACAACGACUACAACCACUACAACUACAACAACGUGUACCCCAACAACUACGACAACAACGACUACCACAACCACAACCACCACCACGACCACAACCACCACAACGACUACAACCACUACAACUACAACAACUUGUACCCCAACAACUACGACAACCACGACUACCACAACCACAACCACCACCACGACCACAACCACCACAACGACUACAACCACUACAACUACAACAACUUGUACCCCAACAACUACGACAACCACGACUACCACAACCACAACCACCACCACGACUACAACCACCACAACGACUACAACUUGUACCCCAACAACUACGACAACCACGACUACCACAACCACCACAACGACUACAACCACUACAACUACAACAACUUGUACACCAACAACUACGACAACAACGACUACCACCACCACAACCACCACCACGACCACAACCACCACAACGACUACAACCACUACAACUACAACAACUUGUACCCCAACAACUACGACAACCACGACUACCACAACCACAACCACCACCACGACUACAACCACCACAACGACUACAACCACUACAACUACAACAACUUGUACCCCAACAACUACGACAACCACGACUACCACAACCACAACCACCACCACGACUACAACCACUACAACUACAACAACUUGUACCCCAACAACUACGACUACCACAACCACCACAACGACUACAACCACUACAACUACAACAACUUGUACCCCAACAACUACGACAACCACGACUAGCACAACCACCACCACGACUACAACCACCACAACGACAACAACCACUACAACUACAACAACUUGUACCCCAACAACUACGACAACUACGACUACCACAACCACCACCACGACUACGACCACCACAACGACUACUACUUGUACCCCAACAACUACGACAACCACGACUACGACAACCACAACCACCACCACGACUACAACCACCACAACGACUACAACUACAACAACUUGUACCCCAACAACAACGACAACCACGACUACCACAACCACAACCACCACCACGACUACAACCCCUACUACUACAACAACUUGUACCCCAACAACUACGACAACCACGACUACCACAACCACCACAACUACUACAACCACUACAACUACAACUACUUGUACCCCAACAACUACGACAACCACGACUACCACAACCACCACCACGACUACAACCACCACAGCGACUACAACCCCUACAACUACAACUUGUACCCCAACAACUACGACAACCACGACUACCACAACCACAACCACCACCACGACUACAACCACCACAACGACUACAACUUGUACCCCAACUACGACAACCACGACUACCACAACCACCACCACGACUACAACCACCACAACGACUACAACCACUACAACUACAACAACUUGUACCCCAACAACUACGACAACCACGACUACCACAACCACAACCACCACCACGACUACAACCACCACAACGACUACAACUUGUACCCCAACAACUACGACAACCACGACUACCACAACCACCACAACGACAACUACUUGUACCCCAACAACGACGACAACCACAACAACGACUACCACGACCACCACAACUACAACAACUUGUACCACAACAACUACGACAACCACAACAACGACUACCACAACCACCACAACUACUACAACUUGUGCCCCAACAACUACUACAACUUGUACCCCAACAACUACGACAACCACAACCUGUGCCCCAACAACAUCGAGCACAACAACAACGAGCACAACAACAACAUGUACCUCAAAAACGAUCUCGACCACUACAUGUCCAGAAACCGCUCCGACAACCACCGCUUGCUCUGACGUGACAACAACUGUUUGCCCCACUGAAUCAAAGGCCGUGGCUGCCACCCAAUCAAAGCGUAAUCCCGUCCGCCGAAACCCCGUCAACCGCCUGCUCUGGGAAGUAGCCGAAUGGGCCGGUCUGUCGUCCUCUAGUUCUGAGGCUCAGCUUAAGGUUUCGUGCUUGGGCAAACCUGACGGAUUCCUGAUGGCAUCUCCUGAACGGUGCAACGAUUACUACAUCUGUCGUCACCAGCGCGCCCUCAAGGUCAGCUGUGGUGAUAGGUACUUCAACGGACUGAAGGGAAUCUGCGAUCUCCCCGAAAAUACCAGCUGUGUUCAGUCUUAAGUAUAAACUCCGUCGUUGAGACCAACAUCAUUUUGAAAAUGUGACAAGAAAUUAUGGAUCGAAACCUUAAUUAAUUAUAACAACACAACUUGACCAUGCACUUAAGAAACUGCAAAGGCUUAU